UCCAAACUACUCAUCUCUGCUCUCUCCUCUCAGAGCUUCUCCUUCCUUCUCACGUUACCUCUGGUAACACUAGUGCUGGAUUUGUUUUGAAACCACAACCAUAUGGAUGAUGUCCGUCGCCAGCUGCCGGCAAUCCAGCUCCUCCUCGGCCAGAGCGAUGCUCCGUCCGUCGCGUUGGCGUCGCGAUCACUCCGAUGCCGCCGUGGUGAGGUCAGACCCACUGUUGUCUCUUGAGAUCUGCGUGUCUGCCUCUGCCGGUGCAAAGCAUUUAAGGCAGAUUUUGAAGGAAAUUUUCUACUACUAUUCCCCAAGUAACCUCCACGAGGCAGGCUGACCGAGAACCUGCUAAUGGCUUCAUUAAAAUAGAUUAUAGAGUUGAUAUGCCUCGGCUUCCGGGUCUGAGCUCCCAGGUUCGCGCUAAUGGUCGAUCUGCACAUGCUUGCUUCUGACCAGGACAUGUUGACCUCCACUCCAAGCGAGACUGCGCGCGUCCAACCGGCUGGCGGCAGCUCGGCAGGAGCGCAUGGCGCCGGAGUGCAGCCGCCGCGACGCUCCCCCCAGCGCGACGCUUCUGAUCGUUUGCGUUGCACUCUACACCGUCGUCCUCGCCGUUGCCUCCAGUCCGAAGGCGUUGGCGUCCUCUUCGGCGCUGUCCUCUCGCGCUCGCGCAGCGCCGGAACAGCAGCUGCUCCUGUCCGCUGAUCUCACCACGGAGGAGAGCGCAAGAAGGCCGGGGGAGACGCGGAGACCGCCGAGCGUGGAGCAGGAGCUCGACGUGGCGCGAGCUGCGAUCCGGCGCACGGCGCAGCGGCACGGCGAUGCCGGCCGAGCAGGCGACGGCAAUGUCAGCUCCGCGAACACCUGGUUCGACGCUGGAGUGGAGUAUGCUCUCUUGGCCAGCGUCUACCGCAAUCCGGCCGCGUUCCACCGGAGCUACGCGGAGAUGGAGAAGCUGUUCAGAGUGUACGUGUACGAGGAAGGCGAGCCGCCGAUCCUGCACGCCGGCCCGUGCAAGAACAUCUACACCAUCGAGGGCCGCUUCAUCGAGCAGCUCGAGCUCAUGGCGCCGUCGCCAGCCUCGUCGUCGAGGCGGGGAACCCGGCGUCGGUCUGCCAGUGACGUCCGGACGUCGGAACCCGCGCGAGCCCACGCCUUCUUCCUGCCGUUCAGCGUCUCUCAGAUGGUGCAGUUCGCGUACCGGCCCAACACCUACGACAAAACCCCUCUCCGCGCCAUCGUCGCCGACUACGUCCGCGUCGUCGCGUCCCGACACCCCUACUGGAAUCGCUCCGCCGGCGCCGAUCACUUCAUGCUCGCCUGCCACGAUUGGGGUCCGGAGGCGUCGACGGGACACCCGGAGCUGCACGCGAACGGCAUCCGCGCGCUCUGCAACGCUAACUCCUCCGAGGGCUUCCGGCCGUGGCAGGACGUGAGCGUGCCGGACAUCAACCUCUACGACGGAGACAUGCCGCGGCAGCUCCUGGCGCCGGCGCCAGGGGUGACUUCGCGUCCGUUCCUCGCCUUCUUUGCCGGCGGCCGGCACGGGCACAUCCGCGACCUCCUGCUGCGGCACUGGAAGGGCCGUGACCCGGACUUCUUCCCGGUGUACGAGCACAGGCAUGAGGACGGAUUCGACUACUACUCGUUCAUGCGGCGGGCGCGCUUCUGCCUCUGCCCGAGCGGGUACCAGGUGGCGAGCCCGCGCGUGGUGGAGUCCAUCCACGCCGAGUGCGUGCCGGUGAUCCUGUCCGACGGGUACGUGCUGCCCUUCGCUGACGUGCUGCGGUGGGAGGCGUUUUCGGUGGCGGUGCCGGUUGCCGACAUCCCCAGGCUGAGGGAGGUGCUGGAGCGGAUACCGGCGCCGGAGGUGGAGAAGCUCCAGCAAGGAGUGCGCCUGGUGAAGCGCCACUUCAUGCUGAACCAGCCGCCACAGAGGCUGGACAUGUUUAACAUGAUCCUGCAUUCCGUAUGGCUAAGGAGGCUUAACCUCAGGCUAGAUCACUGAUGUCACACACCAAAAAUUUCUAUUUCAGAUCAUGAAUACAAAACAUAAAAUAACAAUAUUUCAUUUUUUAUUUUUUUAAAGAUUAGUUAGGAUGUUGAUACUUCGAGCAAUGCAUGAUGUGAUUUUUAUCAAACUUUUAGAAUUUAAUUUAAAUAGAUUGCUGCA